AUGCGUCCCCCACGAUCACCACACUUAAAACCUCUGUGCCUCCUCACCCUCCUCGCCCUCCUAACCACCACCGCCUCCGCCUCCCUCCUAAUAAUCACAAUCCCCCCCUCCCUUCUCCUCCCAAAUCCCAACUCUCUCCCCGCCUCCACCCACGCAACCCUCACAACCCUCCUCGCCCCAACAGACCCCGACGCCAACCCGACCCAGACCCUCCUCCUAAAAGCGCCCCUUACCCGCAAAUCGACCUUUGUCUUCGACAACCCCCGCGGAAAGGGGCCUCAGUCUUUCCUCCUCGAUAUUCGGUCGCGGGAUUAUGUGUUUGUGCCGUAUCGGGUUGAUGUUGAUGGGGAGGGCGGGGUGGUAGGGGUUUGGGAGACGUAUCGCGGGAAUGCGUGGGAGAAUCGGGGGCCGGAGAAGGUGGUGAUAAGGGAUGUGGAUGUGGCGAUCGUUGAGGCGAAGGUUGUGGGUGUUAGGGGAUUUUAUGAGGAGAGGGCUAAGUUCUCCCCGUUGAGCUUGUUUAAGAACCCAAUGAUUCUCCUCGUGGGCUUUGCCCUUGCCGUGACCAUUGGAAUGCCAUAUCUUAUGGAGCGGAUGGACCCUGAAACCCGCGCCGAAUUCGAGCGACACUCCCGCAAAUCCGCACUUACCGGCGCAGCCAAUGGCGCCGGAGCCGGGGCUGCACCUGGAGCUGCUGGAUUCGAUCUUGCUGGCUGGAUGGCUGGGACGAGCCAGGGACCCAUGGCCGCUCUGGAUUCGACAGUGAGAGCUGGCGCGGGGGCUAGCGCAAGUGGGAGAGAGAGCGGAGCGGCGGAGCGAAGGAGGAGGUGA